AUGUCUGACCUUGUUGGGCCAAUCCUUGAAGUUAUUAAGUUCAUCGGCCGUCCAGCUAAAAGAUAUCUUAAUUACCAUAGAAAAUUCAAGAAAUAUGUGGAUGAUUUCAAACAAGCUCAAGCACAUUUGCGAGUUAGGGAGGCAGAUAUUCAACAACAAUUGCAAGAUGAGCUUCAUUUUGGGAAAAAUCCAAAGCAAGAAGUUGAAAGUUGGUUCAGAAAAGUAGAGGAGAAGCUUGGUCAUGCUCAAUUUGUUGAGGAUAAAAUCAGUAAAGGGAAAUAUCUCUUUCGUUCUUGCCUAGGGAAGCUUGUUGAUGAAGCGACUCAAGCAAUGAAGGAAAUAUAUGCUGAAGGUCAAUUCUCUAAUGGCUUGGUGGUUAAUGAUCCUUCAACUACAAAGGUCAAACUGCCAACAGAAGAGUUAGCAGGCACUACUAAAGCAGAAGAAAUUUAUCACUACUUGAUGGGGGAUGAAGUUAGAAAGAUUGGAGUGUGUGGGAUGGGAGGGAUAGGCAAAACAACAACAAUGAAGCAUGUCCAUAAUACAUUGGUGGAAGAAACCAAAUUUAGCAAAGUAAUUUGGACAGUUGUAUCCCAGGACUUUGAUAUUCGAAGGUUACAAAAGAAAAUUGCAUGUCAAUUGAAGGAAGAGUUGUCAGAUGACGAAGAUACAACCAUACGUGCAGCAAAGUUAUCAGAAAUGUUGAGGAAACAAGGAAGCUAUGUGCUAGUAUUGGAUGAUGUGUGGAGCUGCUUUUCUCUUGAGGAAGUCGGGAUCCCCGAGCCAAAAGCAGAUAAUGGAUGCAAAUUAGUGUUAACAACACGUUCAGAAGAGAUUGUUCGAUCAAUGGGUUGUACGAAAGUCCAAGUGCCGUGUCUUUCUACAGAUGAGGCUUGGCAGUUAUUUGUAAGCAAAGUUGGACAAGACAUGUCGCCUGAUCCAACUUUAGAACCAAUUAUGAAAGAUAUUGUGGGAGAAUGUGAUGGACUUCCUCUUGCAAUUGUCACAGUAGCUGGUUGUAUGAGGGGAAUAUCCGAUCCUCUUCUGUGGGAAAAUGCCUUGAAUGAGUUGAGAGGUUACAUCAGAAGCAUCCAGGAUGUGCAAAAAAAGGUGUUUGGAUGUUUAAAAUUCAGCUAUGAUCAUCUAAGACAAAAUGACCGACCUUGCUUUCUAUUUUGUGCAUUAUAUCCUGAAGAUUAUGAAAUCAAAAAAGAGGAAAUCAUUGAAUAUUGGAUGGAAGAACGACUUAUAGAUGAAAUGGGAACUAGAAAAGCAAUGGAAGGUUGUGGUUAUUCUAUUUUGCAGAAGCUCGUAGAGAAUUAUUUGCUAGAAAGGGCUAGGGAAGUUACACAUAUAAAGAUGCAUGAUGUUGUUCGAGAUAUGGCAUUGGAUAUCACAAAAAAGGGUUUUCUGGUAAAAGCUGGUAAGCAGUUGAAAGAGCUACCAAAUGAAGAAGAAUGGACUGAAGAUUUGGAGAAGGCUUCCUUGAUGUACAAUUCCAUUUCAACAAUUCCUCCAAAUAUGAAGUCUCCAAUAUGUCAAAAGCUCACAACCUUGUUACUCUCAAGAAAUUCAUUGGAAGAAAUUCCAGAAUCUUUCUUUGGGCAUUUUCCUAAUCUUAAGAUUCUUGAUCUUUCUUUUAAUCCUCUUACAAAGUUGCCGAAUUCUAUCUCUCAUCUGGAGAAUCUCAAUGCAUUGAUGCUGCAUGAUUGUUACCGUUUAAAAAAUUUGCCAUCUUUAUCGAAGCUUCAAGCUUUGAAGAAAUUGGACCUUAGAAGAACUUCAAUCAAGGAAAUCCCUCAAGGUUUGGAAAUGUUGGUAAAUCUUAGAUAUCUCAAUCUUGGAUUUACUUAUUUGGCAAUACAUCCAGCAUCAACAGGAGCGGAAGAGAUAAGGGAAUCGAACAAGUUGGAAGUUUUUGAAGGUUUUAUUAGUAACUUGGGUGACUGGAACACGUAUGCUAGUCAGAGAAAAAGGCUUCAUAAAUACUUGAUUUGCGUGAGUCACAGUUCUUUUCCUGGAAUGGAUUAUAGUAAAAUGGUUAAAUUUAGGGGUUGUGAUAUUAAUUCUGGAGAUGGAAUCAUACUUCCAUAUGAUAUUCAGCUAUUAGAAGUUACCAAGUGCAAAGGUAUGAGAAGUUUAAAGGAUAUAUGUGGAUUUGAAGAUGCAACUGAUUUGAAGGAAUGUAGAAUUGAGGAAUGUGAGGAGUUGGAGUCCAUUUGUCCAUCGGGGUGUCAACUUCAAACACUUGAGUCUCUAUAUCUAAGUGCUUUGCAUAAUUUGAAGGUUUUAGUAGGCACAUUUUCCUCCCUCAAAAAAUUCCAUCUAUUAGGUUGUGGAAAAUUAAAGAAUUUGUUCUCAGCUAAGUGGCUUCUGCACAACUUGGAAGAGAUCACCGUUCGAAGUUGUGAGGAAAUGGAGAAAAUAAUAGUAUCAGAGGAAGAAGGAAUGGGUACCAUCAAAUAUGCUCUUCCCAAAUUAAGGAUAUUGCGUUUGGAAAAUCUACCAGAAUUGAAGAGCAUUUGUAGUAAAAAUGGAGUAAUGGUUUGUGAUUCUCUCCAAAGCAUUGUUAUAAUGGAUUGUCCAAAGCUAAAGCGGUUUCCUCUGUAUCUUCCCCUGCUUGACAACCUUGAUAAGGAAAAACCAUCUCCUCCACCUUCUCUCGAGGAAAUCUACUUGGGUCCCAAAGAAUGGUGGGAAUCAUUGGAGUGGGACCAUCCCCAUGCAAACAACGUCCUUCUACCCUUCCUCAAGUUUUUGUAUUAGUAUACAUACAAAGGGGAAGAAGGUUGCAGGCCCUAUUGCUGAAGUUGAAGCAUCUAUUGCUUUCUGUUUCUUAUGUUCUUUUCUUCAUAAUGUAAUCAUAAACCUUGAUUUAGUUGUUUUAUCUUUUUAUUUUUCCUUUUCUUGACUCUUUCAUUCCAUGUGUGU